AUGACUACCUUAAUAAGUUCUAUGAAAUACGAACCUUCAGUUAUUGACCUCACAACUUUCCAAGAGACUGAAUCAGAAAAACACAUUUUAGAAUCAACUUGUAGUGCUAUACUAAGAACUUUAACAAAAAGGAGCUGUACAAUAUUAGCUCAAAUGGGUUCAACUGUAAGGGCAGCAUUGGAUAUAAAUUCAAUUUUUAACAUGAAUACUAAUCAACAAAUCCCAACAAAUCAAUCUUCACCAGAUUAA